GUCAAAGAUCACAUGACCGCCGACUGUCACAUGAUUGCUUGGUUAGGAUCUGCGAGGAACUGAAAAUCAAAACGUCGGCGAUCUGGGAUGCUGGCGUUGGAUGUCCCUGCUAGCCGUGGACGGAAGAAGGUCUGGCGAGCUGAUCCCUGAGAACAUGGAGCUUCGGUUUUGUAACCCAUAAUCAGGAUGCUUCUGGGACUGAUGCCACUCCUUCUGACCAAAACACUCUCUAUCCUCACAUCCCCACACACCUAUUUACCAGGGAUUGCACUACAUCCCGCCUGUUAAGGGAGACCCAGCAGUGCCCUGUACUCCACAAAUACCACUGUACAUUGGUUAUUGUAGCGAGGGUGUGGCUUUAAAGGACCACUCCAAUCACUGUCAAGGAAGGGUGCUACCUCAACCCUACAGUGGGUGUUCUGGGAAGAGGCACGAUUGAGGACUGAACUCUGUCGGUCAGGCUUGUCAGCUAGGGUUGACACCCACUGAGUGCUGCCUGGGGUAAUGUCCCGGCCAGACAUAGGCAUCAACAGCGAGGAUGCCGGAGAGAGGGCCUGGCUUCUACAGAGUCCCAGCGUGGAUGCCACGCCCCCUGAAGGUGCGGAGGAGGGCCGGCGUGAGGGGACCUCACCUGUGGGAGCCGUCUUCAUCGUGGUCAAUGCCGCACUGGGGGCCGGCCUGCUCAACUUCCCUGCUGCUUUCAACCUCGCUGGGGGUGUCACGUCCGGAGUUUCACUACAGAUGUGCAUGCUGAUCUUCAUCAUCGGCGGCCUGGUCGUCCUGGCGUACUGCUCCCAGGUCAGUAAUGAGAUCACCUACCAGGAGGUGGUGCGGGCCGUGUGUGGCCGCGUGACGGGGGUCAUCUGUGAGGUGGCCAUUGCCGUUUACACCUUCGGCACCUGCAUAGCCUUCCUCAUCAUCAUCGGAGACCAGCUGGACAAGCUAAUCGCUGCAGUGGCCCAGGAGACUGACAGGACUGUCAGCAGCACUUGGUACACUGACCGCAAGUUUACCAUCUUCCUGACGUCUGUGCUGAUCAUCCUGCCCCUCUCGAUUCCCAAGGAGAUCGGCUUCCAGAAAUAUGCCAGUGCCGUGAGUGUCAUUGGCACCUGGUAUGUCACUGUCAUCAUCAUCAUAAGGUACAUAUGGCCAGACAAAGAGGUGUCCCCUGGGUACAUUUCCAUCAGACCCUCCUCCUGGACCGCAGUAUUCAACGCAAUGCCUACGAUCUGUUUUGGAUUCCAGUGUCAUGUGAGCAGUGUCCCAGUAUUCAACAGUAUGAGGAAGCGGGAGAUCCGGCCGUGGGGCUGGGUGGUGACCUUGGCGAUGGUCAUCUGCCUCUUCGUCUACACCGGCACAGGAGUCUGUGGCUUCCUGUCCUUUGGCUCCAGCGUCAGCCAGGACGUGCUGAUGUCCUACCCGUCCAACGAUAUCGCCGUGGCUGUCGCCAGGUUCUUCAUCAUCAUCUGCGUCGUCACGUCGUAUCCCAUCCUGCACUUCUGCGGCAGGGCGGUGCUGGAGGGUCUGUGGCUCCGGUUCCGUGGCGAGUCCAUGGAGGUGGACGUGGUGAGGGAGCGCCGCCGGCGGGUAGCGCAGACCGUUCUCUGGUUCUGCCUCACCCUGAUCUUGGCUCUCUUCAUCCCUGACAUCGGUCGUGUCAUUUCCCUCAUCGGGGGCCUGGCCGCCUGCUUCAUCUUCGUCUUCCCUGGCUUAUGUCUGAUCCAGGCUAAGCUAUCUGAGAUUCAAGAGGUCAAACCAGCAAGCUGGUGGGCCAUGGUGUCUUAUGGUAUCUUCAUGGUCACCGUCGGUGCUUUCAUCUUUGGCCAGACAACCACUAAUGCCAUCUUUCGAGACCUCAUCCACCACCCUGGCAGCAACUAGACAAAGAAGUCAAAGAAGUCGCCCAUACACUCAUACAGUCUUAUACGUCUGCCUCUGAGCCCCCCCUCCCCCACCAGCUGUGAGCCUUCCUUGAACCCCCCCCCGCCCCUGACCUUUUUGUGCUUUAUGGAUGGUCCCUCCCACAUUCUGCCUGACCACUACCCCAGAAAGAAAUCCAGAACAGGACUGAUGCUGCUGCUACUACAGCAGCUAAUCCUCAUGAUGUCACUUUUACUAUCUGUCAGGAUUCUUGGGGCCUGAAAUUGGCUCAUUCUGCCCAAAGAGCGCAAGAAGGGAAUUGGCUUGGUUCAUGAAUGAGGCCAUUAAAUGGAUUUAUCAGCAAAUUUGUGUUCAUGAACAUGCAUAUGUUAUAGUAAUGCAUCAAAUUAUGCCGUCCUCUUGAAAAAGAAUUGACUUGAUUGUUUUGAAAAGGCUUCCCACACUGGAGAUGAAGUGACCACAAAUAUUCAUGCCAGGGAAGAGAAUGAAAUAUAAUUUAUAUAUUUUUUUGGAUCAGAAAUGACCUCAUUAAGUAUUCAUAAAUUAUUUGAUCUAGUUAGUAUCUUGUUUUUCAUGUUUACAUGUUACCACCUAAUGCUCGGGGCAAGUCUGUGGUUUUCCUCAGGGGUUAUAGAGUUGACGUUAAGUCAUUUUGACUUUGGGUGCAGUCUAGGUGGAGUAACCGGAGUGUUUUCACUACUGCCAGCAUGGGGCGUGAGUGUGUCGCACAUGCAGGACUUGGUGCUAUGGUCAUGGCACAGUGCAAUAUGAAAGACUGUUGUCAGAAAUGCAUCUUCAGUUUGAUGUUGCCAGAGCAUCAAGGAUCAUACUAAACCGAUGCAUAUUAUAGAAAUGCCUUCCCUUUCCUAUAAGUACAGUAUAUGAAUUUAAAGACAUUGUGUCAACAUGUGUUUUCUGUUGAGAGAUUUUGAUCAGGUGAUAAUUGGCGGCUCUUGCAUUUUGGCCAAGAAAUAAAAAGGGAUUUUAUUAAUACGCAAGUUCCAGAUUUACAAAAAAAAAAUAAAAAAUCAUUAGGAAUUUAAGUAAAUCUUGUUUUGGGGCCGUGAAUGUGAUUAUAUUCCUUACAUGUUUUUUUUUUUUUUGACUGAGUUUAGCUUUCUUGCCUCAUUGUUGCUGGUGUUUGGCUUAAACCAAGUCUUAACUGUCACAAUUUCGAGUAAGAUUCCCGAACUUAUGGUACUUUGUGUAGUCCAGAUAGUCCAAAUAUUCUGCCCAAAACUGACAGGUCUGCUAGAAAAAUCAUGCAAUUCAGUGUAAUUCUUAAUAUGAAGCCAGUUAAAUUGUUUUACUGCAAUAUUUCUUCCCUACAUCGUGCAACUGUUAGAAGACUGGUCUCCUUAAUGAGCACAACAGAGGUUUCAAGAAAAGUAAUUCACCUUAAAAGGUACCAUGGAUCGUGCUUGAAUGUAAUACAUGUGAAUGCUGUGCAGUGUGGAGGUUGUACCUCUACGUUCUUCCCAGUGGAUUUCUGGGGCUCAUCAGGGGUGUCUUCUUGUUCAUACUCUAUUCAACACUUGCGUGCACUGGGUGUUAGGCAGAGUCGUAGGGUUCACUGGCUGUGGGGAGUCUAUUGGUGAUGAAAGAUCAACUGAUGUUGACUUUGUCGAUGAUGCUGUGAUCUUCGCGAUGUCAAUGGAGGUUCUGAUCAGGGCUGUUGAGAGACUGAGCAAGGAGUCUGAGUGCCUGGGCUUGCGAGUGUCCUGGAUAAAAGCCAAGAUCCAGGCCUUUAAUGACCUCUUAGGCAUGGCCAUCAGCAGUGUGCCUGGAGAGUGAAUGUCGACCACGUCGAGAGGUUUACUUACCUCGACAGCGACAUUCAUGGUUCAGGUGACUCUUCCUAUGAAGUCAAUAGACAGAUUGGGAGAGCAUGGGGGGGUCAUGGAGUCACUGGAAAGGGGUGUGUGGUGCUCCUGAUAUCUUUGUGAGAGGAUGAAUGUCCAAGGCUUUAGAGUCCUGAUGCUCCCUGUCUUGCAGUAUGGCUGUGAGACAUUAUCCAAUGAGCUGAGACGAAGACUGGACUCCUUUAAUACUGUGUCUCUUUGGAGAAUCCUUGGGUACCACUGGUUUGACUUUGUGUCGAACAAGAGACAAAGAGUCCCAACUGAGACACAUUUAUUGCAUUUUGAGGGAGCGUCAGUUACGGCACUAUGGCCAUGUGGCACAGUUCCCUGGCUCACAGGAUCCUCGUUGCUGAGGACCCAAGCGGCUGGAUCAGGCCAAGGAGACGCCCACAUAACACCAGGCUAUGGCAGACAAAUGGCCAUUUCUGGAGGGUGGGACUGGACCCUGUGUCAGCCUGGGAGGUUGUGUGAUGGGUGCAGCAACACAGUGUACCAGUGCAUGCUCCCCAACAUGACCUGACCUCACCUGGGUGAGGACAUUAAUAGGGCAUUCAUGGGUUUUGUACUUUUCAUGGUUUGUUCAGUAUCAGUGUGUGGUUACACAUGUUACUGGAAUCAUUCUCAAAAUGUUGAUUGUAUUUGUAUGGCCCAAUAAAGGAACAGGCCUGACAAGGAACAGUUCGAUAGUGAUUUAUUGUUCUGUUACAAAAUUAGUCAUUUAUAAAUGCAGAGACACGUGGCACUUAGUACUAUUGUUGUAUUUCAUCAGUUUACCCAUGACUGUUUUGGGAUGUAAACAUCGCAUUCUUGGAAUAGGACUGUUUUACUAAGAUUGCUUGCUAAGGAUAACACACUUUCCCUCUCACAGUUAUCAGGGAACGUGGAAAUGUGCAUAUAUAACAAUGGUACAGCAAUCAUAAUGGUAUAUGUGCAUAUACUUAUAACAAUGGCUCAACAAUCAGUUAUGUUUCCAUUAUGCCUUGACUUUCUGAGAUGUUCAAGGGAUUUGUAAAGCGUUUUAGCAACAGUUCUUGAGCUGAAUUGUUUCCCGUUUUUUAGAUUAAUAUUUUCAUAUCAUGACUGACACGUGAGAGGCAUACUUCUAGCCUAAGGAACAAUAAACUAUUGUAAACUGUUUUUUAA